UUGUAUUGAUCAAUCUAAUUAGGUUUCCGGGUAGAAGACGCGCGUAAAGACGCGAUGAGUCGCGUGCGGAUAUUUUCGUGCGCUUUCUCCGAAAUUUUCCGAGACGCGUCACUGUCCGCUCUUUCCUCACUUUACGAAGUUGGGAUGUACAAAUUAGAUGAUGACAGCGCGGAGCUCUCGAUAAAACUAAUCAUAACUGCGCUCCCCUUUCUUGACAUUCUUCAAAAAGAAAAGAAAGAAUUCUGAGGAAUUUACGGUGACUUUAUUGCGGCAUCAAAACGUAAGACGAAACACGCGAAACCUCGAGAGCGAGACCUCGCGUCGUAAAGAUUUUUCGCCUCCUUCACGGACACUUUCCGAGAAUACUGCGGCGAAAUUCUGGUAACCCGCGAAGAAACUACCUGUAAACAUCUCAAAGCGUAUAAUGUUGCACUUUUAUUAUUUUUUUCCAAUUACGGUGCAGAACCGCGAGAACUUGAACGAAAAUUUUUCUUUUUAGAAUACCCGAGGAAGAGUGUGAGAUAAGGUACUUUAAGAGCCCGCAUCCCGCUGGUCCUAAUCUUCGAAUCGAAAACUCGCGGAGAUGAGCGAGCUCGACGAAUCUGCCCGUGUCACGACAGGCCGACGAUAUCAACAAUUCGAAUAUUUGUGUAUUCGAACAGCCAAGUUUACGAUACGAACGUGAAUGAGAAUACGAGAAGGAUGCGCGAGAGGACUGUCGCCGGAACAGGAACAGCGGAUUAUUCCAAAAGUUCCAUCAGCGUCAAUCGAACGCUAUUCGACGAGAGAUUGGCAAACUUUUUCGAAAAAAGUGCACAUUCGUUGAGUAAAGUGGAGUAUAAGAAAAUGAGGAACGCACCAUAAGAGGAUUGUAUCACGUUUCUUUGCGGAGGGAAAUGUGAGGCUAACGUGGUUCAGAAGAUUGAAUGCCAAAGAUGAAUAAUAGUCGCUACUUAAGAAGACAGUAUUUAUAGGAAUAAUAAGAUUUAAAGUAAUGCAUAAGUCAUAGAAAGAUCUAGUAUUUCGCAGAAAUUUCGAUCAAAAAAUCUACCAAAGAUACUCCUAAUCUGGAGUUGGAUCGUUGAAGCGAUGCAUAUAUAACAUACAUAUAUUUUUUCGAUACUCAAAGGGAGAUAUAUUUUCUUGCAAAUCAGAGGGAUCCGUAAGGAUCCGAUAAUCGAAGAAAAUGGAAGUAGGUCAUAAAGUGAAAUAGGCAUCUCUUUUCGGGAAACUAUGAAGGAGGUUGGGAAAUAUGGAUUGAAUAAAGAAGUACACAGUUAGUACUUUUUUAACAAGAUCCAUGCGCGUUUUCGAGACCGUCGCUUCAAGUUCUGGACACGUGCCGUGCUCGAGAGUGAAAAAGUGGACAGAAAUCGAAACUUCGGCGGGGCUGAGAAACGGCCUCGAGGUCGCGAACGGUGGAAGAUGUAGGAAAAGGGGGGCGAGAGAGCGACUUGGAGGGACGCGGAGAGUCCUGCGGGAAUCCGUUAUUCCGGGGAAUCGCCGUGGCUCGGCGUAGCCUCUGAUCCUAAUUCCGGUAUCGUUGCGAUACCAAAAUGCUGGACAUAUUUCGCGGUCUGAAGAGUCUCAUAAAGAUCUCGCACAUCCAUAUCGACAGCGCCGUCUUCCGCUUGCAUUACAGCCUGACUGUGAUCCUGCUGAUAGCGUUUUCCUUGAUCGUCACGACCCGUCAGUACGUCGGCAAUCCUAUCGAUUGCAUACACAGCAAGGACCUGCCCGAGGACGUCUUGAACACUUAUUGCUGGAUACAUAGCACGUACACGAUAACCGCGGCAUAUCGGAAGAGAGAGGGCUCGGAGGUGCCUUUUCCCGGUGUCGACAAUUCCAAAUCGUAUCCUGAAACUGAGCGAAAGGAGUACCGAUAUUAUCAGUGGGUCUGCUUCAUGCUGUUUUUGCAGGCGAUCCUCUUCUACACCCCUCGCUGGCUCUGGAAAGGAUGGGAGGGUGGCAAGAUUCAUGCCCUUAUGAUGGAUCUCGACAUCGGGCUCUGCUCCGAAGUGGAGAAGAAACAAAAGAAGAAAAUGCUACUCGACUACCUCUGGGAGAAUCUUCGCUUUCACAAUUGGUGGGCUUACAGGUACUACCUAUGCGAGGUCCUCGCGCUGCUGAACGUCAUCGGUCAGAUGUUUCUGAUGAACCGCUUCUUCGACGGCGCCUUCUUGACCUUCGGCAUCGACGUACUCAAGUUUCUCGAAUCCGAUCAGGAAGACCGAGUGGACCCAAUGAUUUACGUCUUUCCAAGAAUGACCAAAUGCACGUUUUACAAGUACGGCGUCAGCGGAGAAGUCGAGAGACACGACGCCGUCUGUAUACUGCCUUUAAACGUCGUCAACGAAAAGAUCUAUGUCUUUCUCUGGUUCUGGUUCCUUUUCCUCGGCGUGCUCAGUUUCUUCACGGUUUUGUACAGAAUCAUAAUAAUAUUUUCGCCGCGCACGAGGGUCUACCUGUUGCGAAUGAGGUUUCGCUUGGUACGGAGAGACGCCGUGGAGACUAUAGUGCGUCGCAGCAAAGUUGGCGAUUGGUUUCUCCUCUACAUGCUGGGCGAGAAUUUGGACACCGUGAUAUAUAGAGACGUGAUGCACGAAUUGGCGAACAAGCUCGCCUCGAGGCAUCACCAUGGCGUACCGGGAGUGAAGGGCGAGCUUCAAGAAGCCUGAUCGAGGUUGCCUCGGAGGGCCGGCACGUUCGAUUCGCCGCUGCCGCUGCCGCAGUCCUGGCCUCGCCUAUCCGCAUCGCGCGGUGGUCGCCGACGCAUCCGGAGACAGCGCGGAAUGCGCGAUCGCAGCCGGAGCCUGAGAAGACGAGCCGACGGCUCUUCCCCGAGGACCCGCGGACUUGGCCUCGCGAAGAGACGCGUCCUCCCCUUCCGUCAAUUGUUGCUCGAAGCGAUGCGACAGCGAUAACGCCGAAGACGCGUCCGCGAAGAUUUUUGCGGUGGAAUUUAAAGAAGAGAUUUAAAGAAAGAGACACACACACACACACACAUACACACACACACACACACACACACACACACACACACAUACACGAUUUUGCUAGUCAUCCCCGGGGAUCGUAAAUCGACGUGCAGUUUCGGCGAGUUCAUCGAUCUCGAUGCUGCGGACGCGCAGGACGAGGGAUGAUAUUCGGAUAUUCAGAGGAGACAGUAGAGAUACAAGAUACGCAAUUGUAUGCUUUCGAUAUUUCACGAAAUUGAGCGUUUAGUUCGACGUGUUAUAUUCACGUUUAAAAUUCAUGCGCAUUCCAAUGAUGAUAUACGGACACGAUGUGUCCGCGUCCGCGUCCGUAAUCUUUGCGUUCUCCUAAAAGAAA